AUGCCACCCAAACACGUCGCUAUCGUAACAUGCAGCACCCGCAUCCCCCGCCUUAAUCCUACGAUAACGCAAUAUGUCCAUGACGUCCUCGCCUCUGAUCCAACAAUUCCAAUCCGCAAAACUUCCAACGAAACUCCCGAUACCGAUUCUCGUCAUAUAACCCUGUCAAUACUGGAUCUUGCCGCUCAGUCCCUUCCCCUCUACGACGAAUCUGUCAUCCCUGCUAGUCUCCCGCCUGCGGACCCGACACCACAUUACUCGAAGGAGCAUACGCGCGCCUGGUCGAAGGUUGUCCGUCAGUACGAUGCCUUUAUCUUUGUGACACCGCAGUAUAAUUGGAGCAUUCCUGCCAGCCUGAAAAAUGCUCUUGAUUAUCUAUUCUUCGAGUGGAAGGGGAAGCCGGCGGGGAUUGUUUCGUAUGGGUCACGAGGUGGAGGGAAGGGGGCGGAACAGUUACGGGGGGUUUUGAAUGGGUUGAGGAUGCGGGUUGUUGGUACUUCGGUCGGGUUACCGGUAAAAUAUACUGGAUUACCUGUUGGGGUUUUAUCCGAGGUUGAAGAGAAGGUUGAGAUUGAUGCACGGGAUUUGGAGGGGUGGAAGGAGGCGGGACUAGAGGGAAUGAUGAGGAAUUUGGGAAUGGAGCUUGUCUGUGAAUUGGAUAAGGCAUGA